UUCCAGCGAUCGAUCUUCCAGCUCAUAUCCUCAUUCAUCGGUUUUGGAUGAAAGACAGAGUGUAGCCUCAGACAAUUCAAUAGAUACAGCAGUUGCGCUAGAUUAUCAAAAUGAAAUGUUCGAUGUUGGAUCACAAAAAAAAAGAGAGAGGCUGUAGUGAUACCACAAAAUGAGGAAAACAUAUACAUGAACGAGCUACCGUAUGAUGAAAUAGAAGUACAACUGAGAAAACCACUUAAUGACACCUCUAUGGAAAUAACCGAGAAGUUCCGUGAGUUUGAUACGGAAAUCCGAAUAACAGGAAUGACUUUGUUGGAUGAUACAAUAAUGAUAACAAGCCGAAGUGCGGGGUUGUGUGCAGGGUAUGAGCUUUCUGGACAACGGAAAUGGACAAUAACUGAUAAAUUGAACGGUCCUUUCGAUUUGGAUUCAUAUCGAUCUGACAAUGGGGAACAAUUAUUAUUCAUCACAGACCCUGGCAAAACAGAUGAUUCCAAAAGCACAGUGAUGGUUUACUUGCGGAAGAAGACCGACAGAUACACACAUUUAACCCGGUUUACGAAUGAGUGUGUACAACCCCGAGGUGUGUGUGUGUAUGCUGGAAAAGUGUACGUAUGUGAGCCCCAAAGUCAUAGAAUGACAGAGUAUCAGAUAUGUAAAGACUUCAAAGGGAAAAUAGUCAAAAUAUACAAAGAACAAAAUGUUCUCAAAGAACCUAUGUAUGUAUCAGCUCAAAUUCUAAGCGGCAAGAUAUUUUUGAUAAUCUCAGACAAAGAGAUGGGUUUGAAGCGACUGGAAAAGGGGGAAAGUGGUUCAGACAGUCCUGGUUGGGCAGUCAGCAACGAAAAAUCUUUUACACCAUCAAAAUGUGCCAUUACCAAACAGGAAGGGAGUCGUGAGGUAUUUGUUGGUAACAGCGCUGGCAGAAAGAUCCACCUUGUCAAUUUUAAGCCCAGACAAAUAAGCCACAGAGAAUACAGUAUGGAGGAUGUCAGCAAACCUGUGGCUAUAUCUGUUGAUAAGCAAGGACGGAUUGUAGUGGCUUGUAUGGACGGGACUGUCUUGUUAUAUGAAGUUAAAGAAGCUGUAGAGAUGAAAAGACUUUCAAAUUCUAUAAAGGAAAAAAGUAAUUAUGAUGUGUAACAAACAAAACACUCACUCUACUUGCUUUUUUAAACAUGUACAUUAAAAGCUCUUCAUGUCAAGACGAUGUACACACAUUUACCUUAUGUUCACCUCACCCAACUAAAUUGGCAAAACGUUUAUACUCAUAUCAUUUAUCUGCAAGUUUAAAUAUUGGUUCCAAGAUUAUGAUUGAUCCACUAUUCUAUAACAACAACAACAACAAAACUCAUGAAAAUGUUUACCUUGGUAAAUAGUAUACUAGUAAUUCGAAAAUAAUGACAAAAAAUAAUGUGAAAUUUUCAACAUUAUAUUUAACCAAUAUGUACGUGAUAUCUAGCAACGGGCAAUGUGUCGGUCGCAACAAGAGGUCAAGGUUGCUACAUCGUUCUUAACCUCACAAAAUCUAAGUGAAAGUACAUUUUCUUUCAUUUCUGGCAAUGUUUUUAUACCUUCCAGACUCAACUGCUAAUUAAUGAGAUUCUAAUCUAUACUUUGUAAUGCAUCUUCUAAAUUUCUUAGGUAUAGGUUUGAGUAAAUAAGACUGCAUGCAAAAAUUAUCUAUCAAAUGUGAAAAAAUAUAACAUUUUGGAGAGUUAUUGAUAACUGCAUCCAAUUCCUGACAAUGAACAUAUAUUAUUCUUUUCUUUAUAAUUUGAAAAUGUUUUUGGAACACAAGGUAUUCUUGGUGUUCUCAUAAUUCACCAAGACCAAUACUAUACAAUUCUGAUCUAAUAAAUGCUGCCCAAUUGGAGCAUGACCUUUUGGCUUUACAGUCUAUGGUAAGAUUUACAUAACAGGAUUUUGAUAAACAGUUUGUGGUUCCAAGUAGUUUAAACCAGUACUUAAUCGUUCUAAUAAUUCUCACACACCUUAAUGGGAGACAUCCCAAUUCAAUGUAAACCAUAGCAUUAUUACAAUUUGAUUUCACUCCUAAUAAACGCUUACAAAACUUCAUAAAAACUUUGUCAAUAU